GAAGCGAAUCGUGCGAAACGAUGGAAAAUGGCGGGAAAACAGCUUUCGAACGAUGAAGCGAAUGCUCCAUUAAACGAUCAUCAACCGAAGACAAAAAGGUGAAGGAAGGAUGAAAAGGUAGGGGGUAUCGAGACAGAAGAGAGGGACACGACAAGGAGCGGAAAGCGAGAGAGAAAGCUCGCAGUCGACGCUAUUCUUCAUGAACGAGGGACACCUCUCUUUAUCCCCAUUCCGCGACGAGUUGGUUAAAACAGCUUCUCCUUCAGUUGUCGCUCGCCAACCCAGCGUUUCGCGCGGUGUCACGCACGCCUCUCGGCGAUUUCGGCGACGAGCCGAGCAACCACGUGUUUCGUUCCCUCUUCUCAGACCGCUUCUGGAUUUCUUCCUCCUCCAUCUUCCGAGAUUCACGCGUAACUUUUCUCGUCGAACAUCAAACACAAAACAAUCGAUAGUAAAGAUACGAAAAGUGAAAGCGAACAGAUGAGAUUUUGUGUUUCGGUGCGUGCCCAGACCGUCGUGUGCUUCCGUUCUGCUCGCCGGCCUCUUUCCGAAAUUCCGAAACGGUGAACGGAUCGUUGUACCGAUAUCAGACUAAAAAAAAAAAGCAAGUAAAAAUGUCACUGGUCAACUUUACCUUGCCGUAUCAAUCGGCGACGCCUACACCGUUCUUCUACGACGGGCAAAACGGAGGGCAAUCGACGGUGAACAACCUUCGCCUGAACGCCGUGCUUCCUCCCGCGCCAGCUCGAAAUUUCAACGAGCAGGAGCCGUUCCAAAACGAGCCCUACAUACCGCCGAUCGGUUACCAAAACCAGCAACAGCAAAGGCAACGCCAAUCGACGUUCAAUCGACAAAGGAAUGGAAAUCCGUACGUCGAGCACUCGUCCUUUUCCUCGACUCAGGACACGAGAUACGCGAACUACAAUCAAGAUUUCAGGAGGACGCAGCCGAGGCAACAGACGAGAGCCAGCGCGCCGCCAUUGGCGCAACAGCAACGGGCAACCGUGGAAAAGGAACAAGAGAACUUCAGAACGUCGAGAAUGCCGGAACAGGAAAGCUAUCCUGACAGACCUAAUGGGUAUACGAGAGUAAACGGGGAAAGUGGACCUGGUACAAAAACUUCGAUUCACGCUGUUUUAGACUAUGAUGACGACUUCGAGGAUUACUACGACGACAAAGAUCCAGAGAUACCAAGGGAUGCGCACGUCACGCCCAUUCAAGGCCCAAUUUUUUUAAAGAACGGCUCGGUCCCCGUAGUGCCACUGUAUUCUUAUCCGCAACUAAACAAUGGUACUUACGUACAAAUUCCGAUUCUUUGGACCGCACUUUCCGUCGCUCUGGGUGUCGAAUUAAGAGGAGACUUGGUACGCGGGGUACCGUGCAUUAAAAAAUAUCACCAGCUGUUCUGUCCAACUGCUGGAAACACAUAUCCCAUAGAGCGGAUAGAGCGUUUCAUCGACGAAAACAAGGCGUUAAUGAAGAGAAUGUAUGGUGACUUCGAAAUGAGUUCGGGAUACGGGUCACCAACGAGAGAGACUGGCCAUCAUCGUACACGUAGAAGAAGAAAAAGUAGAGAAGCUGUGAAACACGAUAUACCUGAUGGUGGACCCAAUUUCCGGGACGAAUUGGAUCCGGAAAUCGAGGCUAAUGGUGACUCAUUUUUCGCCAAUGUGAGAAAGACUAGAAACCCUAGACAGUCUCCUGGAAAGAAUCAUAAAGACAGCGGCAGAAUCGAUGCAUGCGAGUCCAAGGUGGAAAUAGUGACGCCCUAUUGGGCGAGCAACAGUGCUGGAAAGAUUCGUGCCAUCGUGAACACGCAGCACUUUGAGCAAGCCAUUCACCAAGAAGUUUGCUCGAAAACCCAGACGAAUCGGUGCACUGGCGACUGUGGCUGCGAGCAAAAAUACAAAUGGCACAGAUUGCUCGCCUACGACCCUGAUAACGAUUGCAAAGGUAUCUUUAUGGAUUGGUUCCUCUUCCCUUCUUGCUGUGUGUGCAGAUGCGAGCCGGUUGCUAACAAAUUUCCAUCGUCGAAUAAUCGAAAUUAAAGAUACUUCUUGACGUGUGAUUUGAUUGAAAUUUAUAAAAAAGAAAAAAAAACUGGAAGAGUAUAUACAGUAGUAGGAUACAUAUUUGCCAUUUUCUUUCGUGUACAUUUCAUCACUGAGAUCCUACAUAUUUAUGAGUGAUAUAUGUGAUUAGAAAGUAUUGGAGAAUUAUUCCUUAUCAUAUAUUACUAAGGAAUAAAUAAACUAAUGGUAUAUAUCUAUAGGUUAUAAAUUAGAUUAUUAGAAUUUGCAAUACUUAUCGAUACUAUGUGAUAUUAUAUAUUGCAUCAAUAUUAGUUGCAAGAAUUAAUAUUGUUUACUAGUUUAGUUUAAUAAUUCAUUCGAUAUUCUUAUUGUAUUCAAUGAUACGUAAGAGAUAAUAUAAAAUUGGAGCAAAAUACAAGGAAAGGAUAACAAGCAACUAUAAAAACCAUAAAGAAGAUCUAUGUCUUCUAGUAAAUGUUCUUUAAAUAAUUCGAUAUUCUUUUCGAUUUCAACUUGCCAGAAAAAAUUUGCUCAUUUUUUUCUGAUUUUUGCAAUCUUUUGUUGUACGAAACUCAAUGCUCUUGAAUCAAUUUAAAUUUCAAGCAUAUCAAAUCAUUAUGCAGCACAUUUCACAAAUGUGAAAAACAAGAAAAAUUCAUUUCAUGAUACUUUUAUACGUUUUUCUUUUUUUUAUAAGCAAAAUAAUUAUUAAUUUCGAAAAGAGGCUUUUCUGCUGCGCGACUUUCGUUUUUCAU